CUUUCGCAAUCCAUAAAUCAUGGAUCUUCAUUAGUUAUUUUCUCUUGAUUGUUUUCAUUGAGUCUAUUCCAUUACUCCAAAUUUACAUUCUCAAAUUUACAUUUCUCAUUGCGUUUCUUUCUCAUUGCUGACAAAAUGGCGAACGCGGCGUCUGGAAUGGCUGUGCAUGAUGAUUGCAAACUGAGGUUUCAGGAGCUAAAAUCAAAGAGGAGCUACCGGUUCAUCGUGUUCAAAAUCGAAGAGCAGCAAGUCGUCGUCGAUAAAUUAGGCGAGCCGACAGACAGUUAUGAUGAUUUUAUGGCUAGUUUUCCGGCAGAUGAGUGCCGAUACGCUGUCUAUGAUUUUGAUUUCACAACCGAUGAGAACUGCCAGAAAAGCAAGAUCUUCUUUGUUGCAUGGUCUCCGGAUACCUCAAGGGUGAGGAUGAAGAUGGUGUAUGCAAGUUCCAAGGAUAGAUUCAAGAGAGAAUUGGAUGGCAUUCAAGUUGAACUGCAAGCAACUGAUCCAAGUGAGAUGAGCUUGGACAUUGUGAAAGCGAGAGCCCUCUAAGCCAUUCUUGCUAAAUAUGUUGUCAUGUUAUGCAUCAUUCUUUCUUGUACUUAGAUACAUUGUUUGGUUUUCUAGUGAUUUUUUUAGACUCUCGGCUUGUUUGAACUUGAAGGGCAAUGUGUGGUGGGUUCAAGAUUAGUAACAUAUAUUAUAUAGAUUGGUUUGGUUCUCUUACAAUUUGCCAAUUUGACCACUUGAUUUUUCACUUGAGGUUACAUUUUGUGCAAUAGAUGCUACCGAAAGAAUGA